CCCGCGAAGAAGAACUAUCUUGCCGGUUGUUGAGCUUUUCAGUUUUUGUUUUAGAAAAGUUUUUCAAAAAUAAAAAAACAAAAACAUUCGUUUUACAAGUUCGUUAGUUGAGUGUUUAAUUGAGCAGUAGACGUUAUCACCGUUGUCAACAUGUCACGGGUGGUGUUAAUGGUGGCUGAGAAACCAUCCGUGGCUGAGUUGAUUGCUCAGAAAUUGAGUACAAGGGGUAUGAGAUCAAGGAAAGCUCUAAAUGGCAUUCCGGUUCAUGAGUGGGAUGGUACGUUUCGAAAUCAAAACGUCCUCUUUAGAAUGACUGCUGUGACUGGACAUGUUUUUGGAAUGGAUUUUCCAGCAAAGUUUAACUCUUGGGAUAAAGUCGAUCCGGCUGAUUUAUUUGAAUGCCCUAUUGCCAAAUCUGAGUCUAAUGAGAAACAGAGGAUACCAAUAAUGCUAAGGGCUGAAGCACGAGGAGCUGAAUAUCUGAUUCUAUGGCUAGAUUGUGAUAAGGAAGGGGAAAAUAUCUGCUUUGAAAUUAUUGACAUUUUGCAUGAGAAUAUGCGACUUGUUCCAGCACAGACUCUGUUCCGUGCAAGAUUCUCUGCACUAACGGAACCUGAUUUGAAGGUGGCAAUGAAUACUUUGAGCGUGCCAAAUGAAAAUGAAUCUAAAAGCGUGGAUGCGAGACAGGAAUUGGACCUUCGAAUUGGUUGCUGUUUUACACGGUUUCAAACGAAAGUUUUUCAUGGAAAGUAUGGAAGUUUGGAUUCAAGUUUGAUUUCAUAUGGUCCAUGUCAAACGCCAACACUUGGAUUUUGUGUGAAAAGGCACGACAAAAUUCAACAAUUUAAGCCAGAAAAAUUUUGGGGAAUCAACGUCUCUGUGGGUCUUGAUGAAGGUAAAGAAGUAAGUCUUGAGUGGCGACGGAAACGGUUGUUUGAUAAAGAAUCGGUCGAAUUUUUCAUGAACACGUUGCGGGACAGUAAAACGGCGGUGGUAUCAUCUGUCAAAAAGAAAGAAUGUGUCAAGAAACGCCCAACGGGUUUAAACACGGUUGAAAUGUUGCGGUUGGCUUCCUCAAAAUUGGGAAUGUCUCCCCACCACACAAUGCAAAUUGCUGAAAGAUUGUAUACUCAGGGAUAUGUGAGUUAUCCAAGAACUGAAACAACUCAGUAUCCAGCCAAUUUCGACUUUCGAGGAUUGGUUCGUCAAUUUGCAAACCACGACGAAUGGUCUGGCUAUGUCAACACUGCAGGAAUUGUUAAUCCAACUAAAGGUCACGAUGCUGGAGACCAUUCACCAAUUACACCGUUGGUUGCAACACAUUCAGCAACGUUUCAUGAUGGAGAUUCUUCAAAGUUGUAUGGAUUCAUCGUCCGAUACUUUAUCGCUACGGUGACCGAAGAUUGCACUUAUUUGGAAACAAACAUCGACUUUAGUAUUCAAGGAGAAACUUUCAGCUUUCAAGGAAAGGAGAUUAUUAAUCCUGGAUUCACCAGAGUUUAUCCAUUCACAGUGAUUUCUAGUGAUGACCAAAUUCCGCAAGUGAAACAAGGAGCAAAUUAUUCUAUUAUUGAGAAAAAGUUAUAUGAAUCAGAAACAAAACCACCAGAUUACCUGACAGAAUCUGAACUAAUUUCUUUGAUGGAAAAGCACGGAAUUGGUACAGAUGCUUCGAUUCCUGUCCACAUAAACAAUAUUUGUCAACGAAAUUAUGUCUCUCUUGCUGCAGGCAGAAAACUUAUCCCAACCGAUUUGGGAAUCAUUCUUGUUCAUGGAUAUUUGAAAAUUGAUGCAGAGUUAGUGCUUCCAUCGAUGAGAUCAGAAAUUGAGAAACAAUUGGAUCUGAUUGCACGAGGUGAAGCUACAUUGGGACCAGUUGUGGAUCACGCUUUAGAUAUAUUUAAAGCAAAGUUUCUAUACUUUGUUAAAAAUAUUGCCGAAAUGGAUGAUUUAUUUGAGGUAUCAUUUUCAAAGCUUGCUGGUGCUGGCAAACCAUUCUCAAGAUGCGGAAAAUGUCGUCGAUACAUGAAACUAGUGGACAGUAUAUCUAGCCGUCUCCACUGCACAAAUUGCAACGAUACAUACAGCGUCCCUCAAGGAGGAACUUUAAGAGGCUACAACGAUGUUCGAUGUCCUCUCGAUGAUUUUGAACUGAUUGCGUUUAGCGCAGGCAGCAAAGGAAAAAGUUACACAUUUUGUCCAUAUUGUAUUAAUCAUCCUCCUUUUCCAGGAAUGCGUAAAGGAAACGGAUGUAAUAAUUGUCAACAUCCAACUUGCCCUUACGGAUACAGUAUGAAAGGGAUUUGUGCUUGUGAAGAAUGUGACAAUGGGCUCCUUGUCCUCGAUCCGGCAUCAGGACCAAAGUGGAAAAUUGUUUGCAACAAAUGCGACGUUUUCAUCAACGUGUUUGAGGGUUCACGUAAAGUCACCGUAAUAGACGAGUCUUCCUGCGAAUCCUGUGAAGCUCAAAUGGUUAUUGUCGACCUCCCAAAAAAAGCUGGCGAAACUGGAGAGAAGAAAGGAUGCAUAUUUUGCACCGAAGAAUUUGAGCCAUUCGUUGAGAAACAUCGAGCUCAAAAUACUCGACCAUCGGGUCGCGGAGGACGUGGAAGAGGACGCGGUCGUGGUCGUGGGAGGGGACGCGGCAGGGGCAGACGAGGCAGCCGUGGACAUUAAUUAUCUAUUAUUCAUGCACACACGCAUGUACUAAAAACCUACCUAAAAGAAAGAGGAGGUUAAAUACCAAUCUCAAAGGUUAUUACUCCAGAUUAUACUCUUAUUCAUUGUGACAACUUAUAAUGUACGUGUAACACAAAGUUGUUCCAUUCAAAAUUAAUCAAACAUUGUAUUAUUAAUAACACUCAUACCGGUACACAAAUAUUAUAUACGUUUCUCUCUGUGUGUGAAAUGUAAUGUAACAAUUUAACAAUAAUAAUAUUUAUAUCAAGCAUUUAUUUUUGGUAUUGUUGUUAUCUGUGGUGAUAUCUUUAGAAUAAAAAAGCUAGUAGUUUGGCAAAUAAAUGUGUUCACACUUG